AUGGCAGCUUUAGCCCCAAAGGAGGAGAUGAAGGCAGUUGGAGUGGUAGAAGAAGAAGAAGAAGACGACGAGUACGGCGCAAAGGAGGCAGUGCUGCAAAAGUACUUCCUUCAAGAAUGGAAGCUCGUCAAGUCCCUCCUAGACGACAUCGUUUCGCACAGCCUCGUCUCCGAUCCCUCCGCUCCCCACAAGAUCCGAUCCAUCAUGGACAAGUAUCAAGAACAGGGUCAAUUGGUGGAGCCUUACCUGGAGAGCAUUGUUACCCCACUCAUGUUUAUCGUCCGCUCUAAAACAGUUGAACUAGGAGUGGCUUCGGAUGAGAUUCUGCAAGUGAUUAAGCCUAUAUGCAUCAUUAUUUACUCUCUGGUCACCGUUUGUGGGUACAAGGCCGUUGUCAGGUUCUUCCCGCAUCAAGUUUCGGACUUGGAACUUGCUGUGUCUGUCCUGGAGAAGUGCCACCACACUACUUCAGUGUCAUCAUUGCGGCAGGAAAGUACUGGAGAAAUGGAGGCCAAAUGUGUGAUACUUUUGUGGCUCUCUAUACUUGUGUUGGUCCCUUUUGAUAUCUCCACUGUUGAUACUAGCAUUGCAAAUAACAGUAACGUCGGUAAACUUGAGCCAGCUCCGCUGGUAUUGAGAAUCACAGGAAUAUCUAAGGAUUACCUUUCAAGUGCUGGUCCUAUGCGCACUAUAGCUGCUUUGCUGCUAUCAAAGCUUCUAACACGUCCGGACAUGCCAAGGGCCUUUUCCAGCUUCGUUGAAUGGACACAUGAAGUCCUAUCUUCUCUCACAGAUGAUGUCAUGAACCACUUCCGCUUACUUGGAGCUUUAGAAUCCCUAGCUGCUAUAUUCAAGGCUGGUGGGCGGAAACUCUUGCUCGAUGUGAUUCCGGUUGUCUGGAAUGACAUUUCAUUGUUGAUCAAGUCUAGCUAUGCAGCUCGGAGUCCAUUGCUUCGCAAGUAUUUGAUGAAAUUAACUCAGAGGAUAGGGCUUACCUGUCUCCCUCAUCGUUCACCUUCCUGGCGCUAUGUGGGAAAAACAAACUCGCUGGGGGAGAACAUGUCUUUGUCUGGAUCAGGGAAAGCUAUUGAAUGCAAUGAUGUUAUAAAUGCCAAGGAUUCAAACUCAGAACCAAGUUCGAGCUGCGUGGAAGAUGAAGAAAUGGAUGUCCCAGAAAUUGUAGAAGAGAUUAUUGAGAUGUUACUCACUGGAUUGAGAGAUACGGAUACUGUUGUACGUUGGUCUGCUGCGAAAGGUAUUGGUCGCACUUCUUCACGUCUUACAGCUGCUCUUUCAGGGGAGGUCCUAUCAUCUGUUUUGGAGCUGUUCUCGCCAGGCGAGGGUGAUGGGUCAUGGCAUGGAGGUUGCUUAGCAUUGGCGGAAUUGGCACGUAGAGGAUUGCUCUUACCUGUCAGCCUUCCUAAAGUUGUACCUGUUGUUGUGAAGGCACUACAUUAUGAUAUUCGAAGAGGUCCACACAGUGUUGGAUCUCAUGUGCGAGAUGCUGCAGCUUAUGUUUGUUGGGCUUUUGGCCGUGCAUACUAUCAUACGGAUAUGAGAAACAUAUUGGAUCAGCUUGCACCGCACCUUCUAACAGUGGCCUGCUAUGACCGUGAGGUUAAUUGUAGAAGAGCAGCAGCAGCAGCUUUUCAGGAAAAUGUUGGGAGACAGGGUAGUUACCCUCACGGAAUUGACAUAGUGAACACUGCAGACUAUUUUUCACUCUCUUCACGAGCAAACUCUUAUGUUCAUGUUGCUGUCUCUAUUGCUCAAUAUGAGGGAUAUCUUUAUCCCUUUGUGGAUGAGCUGCUGUAUAACAAAAUUUGUCACUGGGAAAAAGGCUUAAGAGAACUUGCUGCCGAUGCUCUUUCUUCUCUUGUUAAAUAUGAUCCUGAAUAUUUUGCGAACUAUGCUUUGGAGAAAAUAAUUCCUUGUACUCUCUCUUCUGAUCUGUGCAUGCGGCAUGGAGCGACACUGGCAACUGGAGAACUGGUUUUAGCACUACAUCAAUGUGGUUAUGCUCUCUCCACUGAUAAACAAAAACGUGUUGCUGGUGUUGUACCUGCUAUUGAGAAAGCGCGGCUUUAUCGCGGAAAAGGUGGAGAAAUUAUGCGGUCAGCUGUUUCCCGCUUCAUAGAAUGUAUAUCUGUAUCUUCUGUAUCAUUACCAGAAAAGAUAAAGCUCAGUUUGCUUGAUACUGUCAAUGAGAACUUGAGACAUCCUAAUUCUCAGAUUCAGGAUGCAGCAGUUAAAGCUCUGAGGCACUUUGUGCAAGCAUAUCUAAUUGCUGCAGAUGUUCGAGGUACUAGUAUAACAUCCAAGUACCUGGAACUCUUGACUGAUCCUAAUGUGGCUGUAAGAAGAGGAUCAGCAUUGGCAAUAGGUGUUUUGCCCUGCAAACUUCUUUCUAAUAGGUGGAAGGAUGUGCUUCUGAAACUUUGUAAUGCUUGUGCAAUUGAGGACAACCCUGAUGACAGAGACGCGGAAGCACGAGUAAAUGCAGUCAAAGGGCUUGUUUCAGUUUGUGAAGCAUUAACUCAGGAAAAGGAGCAUUCUGGUGUCCAAUCGAUGGAGGAUGACAUGUCUUUGUUCCUGCUCAUCAAGGAUAGAAUAAUGACGGCUUUAUUGAAAGCUCUCGAUGACUAUUCUGUGGAUAACAGAGGUGAUGUGGGUUCUUGGGUACGCGAGGCUGCAAUGGAUGGCCUUGAGAGAUGUACAUAUAUCCUGUGCAAGAGAGAUUCCAUUGGUGGAAGAUCAGGUCGAAUCGAUUCUUCCCUUGAGCUGGAGCCCAACCACUUACAUUUGUUGUUUGAUGAAAAUCUUGCUACUAGUAUAGUUGGGGGAAUAUGUAAGCAAGCUGCAGAGAAGAUGGAUAAGCUGAGAGAAGCAGCUGCAAAGGUGCUACAGAGGAUUUUGUACAAUGAUGUAGCUUAUGUCCAACAUAUACCACACAGGAAAAAGCUGGAAGAAAUUGUUCCUAAUGAAGCUGAUCUGAAGUGGGCGGUACCAACUGUUUCAUAUCCUCGUUUUGUGCAAUUGCUGCAGUUUGGCUGCUAUAGCAAAUCUGUGCUAUCGGGGUUAGUUAUCUCUGUUGGUGGGUUGCAAGAUUCUUUGAGAAAGACAUCACUUACAGCAUUGUUAGAGUAUCUUCAAGUGGUAGAAACUGAAGACCAGAAUAAAAAGUCCAGAGAGUACAUGCUGUCUACUGACAUGCUUUGGCUUCUCCAACACUAUAGGAAAUGUGACAGAGUCAUUGUACCUGCACUGAAGACCAUCGAGAUUCUUUUCAGCAAAAAGAUAUUCUUGACUAUGGAGAUUCAAACAGUGGUUUUCUGUGCUGGUGCUUUGGAUUCUCUGGAAGUUGAAUUAAAAGGAUCAAAGGACUUCUCCAAGCUAUAUGCAGGCAUUGCAAUACUUGGAUACAUAGCUUCAGUUUCAGAUUCCAUAAAUAGUCGGGCUUUCUCUCAGCUUCUCCGUUUUCUAGGUCAUCGUUACCCUAAGAUACGGAAAGCUUCUGCUGAACAAGUUUACCUUGUUCUCUUGCAAAAUGGGGGUCUUGUGGCUGAAAACAAGAUUGACAAAGCGCUUGAAAUUAUAUCAGAGACCUGUUGGGAAGGUGAUACUGAAGCAGCAAAGCUCGAACGCUUCGAGUUGUAUGAUAUGGCUGGUCUCGACACAGAUCUGAUUCGUAAGACUAGUAACAGAGUACCAACCAGUAACAGAAAUGCAACAGUCACUGAUGAAAAUGCAUCUUAUUCCUCGUUAGUCGACUCAAGUGGGUUCUAAAAGUGAAACCAAUCCCUUGUUUUCUGCUAGUUGAACCUCUAGCAAUCCCCUCGCAUAUUGUGUGCUUGUAGUUUGUUCUUUUGUGGUUCAAGUUGCUUGCUGAAUUUUUGUUCGGGAACCUCCAGAUACCAUACAUUUGUGUUAUAGAGAGCGAGAGAGAUGUUGUCUUUGUAUAUAGACGUACUGGAAGUGAGCUUAAAUUAAAGGAUAUGUCUAGUUUUGGGCAAUGCUCCCUAAUUGAAUGCAUGUGCGAGUAUGGAAUCUUGUUACUGAGACUGGCAGCUACCAAUGCUGUCAAUUUCGACU